AUGGCGUCGGUUCGAGAUGGCAUGUGCUUAUUAUGGGUGCAAUGCGACCCCUCGCCACCGCUGGGUGAGGUGUUUAGUGAGCAUGGUCCUCUGAGGAAAUCACUCACUGGGAGAGCCUUGCUCUGGUUAUCACCAGCAUCGUCCUCAUCAGCAGAAGCAUUGGAUUCUAGUCAAACGGAAGAUGUUUCAUUCAUACCCGACUAUCAGUAUGCGCGUGAUGGUUACUACCUGGACCCGGGUAGUAACAAUACCAAUGCAACCGUGAACUCCACAGCUGACUGUCGCCGCCCACUGCACCAUCACGAUGGGUAUAACAGCACUUGUGACUACGUACAGGACAUGUGUGGCGAUGUGCCAGUGCUUUUUGACUACUUGAGCCUGGCAGCUUGCAGUCUGCCUCAUGCCAAGUGGUUUGCAUACAUCAUCAUGGCGCUAUGGCUCUUUGUUCUUGUCUCACUUCUUGCAACCACGGCGGAUUACUUUUUUGUACCUCCUCUCAAUGUCCUCGCAGAAAAGUUGCAACUCACUCCGGCUGUUGCUGGCAUUACUCUGCUGGCUGUCGGCAAUGGUGCUCCUGAUGUGUUCACAGCAUACGCUGCUAUUCAUGGUGCAGACGACUUCCCUCUUCAGCUAUCAGCUCUGCUGGGUGCGUCAAUCUUCAUUUCGACCGUUGUCCUUGGAUCUGUUAUGCUGGUUGCAGAAGUAUCUGCCAAAACAGUUAAGCGUGUGGACAUGAUCCGUGACAUCUUGGUGUACAUGGUGGUGGUUGCAACUGUCGUAGGCGUAUCCUGCGAUUCCAAGAUUGAGCUGUGGGAGUCUGCCUUGUUCCUGGCUAUCUAUCUCAUUUACAUUGCCAUUGUCGUCGGACUAAGCUUCAUACAGAAAUACAUGGCACGGAAAGCAAAAAUUCUGCGCGUCAGUGAGAAGACACCUCUUGUCAAUGAAGAGCUGUCGGCAUCUGAACCAAUAGUGGGUAUGACUGCGAGCAUUAAUGAGCCGGACCAAGACGAUCGUGAAGAGGAAGAUGAACUUGAUCCAAACGAAUUGCCUGGCCUCACUUGGCCGGCCAAAGGACACAUUGGAGCAAAGAUUCAGUUCGUCGUGGAGUACCCGUUCUCAUGGCUACGCUGGCUAAGCAUACCACCUUGUGACGAGCGCUGGAAUUGGCAGCGCCGAGCUUUCGCAGUUGCCUUCCCUCUUCCUGCUGCAAUUGUGCUCGUUAUAGCAGCAGAAGGCUUUGGAGGGAUGACUAUGGAUGUUAGCUUUUCACACCACAACCCUAAUGACACCAGUAACGGUACAGAUGCAGAUGGCUGCCAGUCUGCAUGCUUCCCAGUGUACGGACUUGUGCUGAUAUUUGGCAUUGCGCUCACUGUCAUGACCUUCUUCUGGUCAUUGAGAGUCAAAGUCAUGGGUGGGUUCUUCCAAGCCUACCUGGCUUUCUUUGCCUUUAUCAUGUCCGUCGCUUGGAUGAACAUCGAGGCAAAUGAAGUUGUGGCACUGCUGGAAACGUUCGGCCUUGUCAUGGGAGUUGAUACAGCUAUCCUGGGACUAACUGUGCUCGCCAUUGGCAACUCCGUCGGUGACUUGGUGGCUGAUACUACUGUAGCGCGUAAAACACCGGCCAUGGGUGUGUCGUCUUGCUUUGGAUCACCUCUUCUCAACGAUGUUCUGGGCCUGGGUAUCUCGCUGACGGCCUAUUGCGCAAGCCACUGGCCAAAGCCGUUCGAAUUCAAAAUAAAUGACCCCAAGUUUGCAAAGGUUAAACUAUCCUGGAUCUUCCUCGGUCUCAGUCUUGUGAUGAGUCUCGGAGUGUUUGUCUUCACCAAGUUCUCACCUCCAAGAUGGUACGCAUACGUCCUGUACUUUGUGUAUGCACUGUUCAUGGUGCUAUCCGUACUCAACGAAACCAACGUUAUGAAAAUUGACUUGUAAUGUGGCAAGUGGCAUCAAUUCAGACACGUCAUAAAUUGCAAUGAAUCUCCUGCUUACUCCCUGCUUACUCCCAAUCCUACGGUAAGAAUGAACAGGACUUGUGUUUGAGGACAUCUUGUGUUGAACUGCAAUGGUCCUGUGAGGGCUUGUAGUUUCGAACCCUCUCAUACUUUAUCAUUAUUUUUCUUAGUUUCAAACCAUUGUCAAGCUGUUAUUUAGACAGUGAACAAAAGAACGAGAAGAACGCGCAUCACGGCCAUUCGGGUUCAUUUCCUUCCACUUAUCAUAUAAUUCUAUUUAGGAAGAUUGUCAAAUUUCUGUUUCCUUGCCUCUUUUCAGAUGGGCAAUAGUCGUACAUUAAAUUGUUUUGUUUUUCUCCGCUUGUGUUUGCUGCUGGCCAGCUUAUUCCGUAGUCUUCUCUGUUGAUUUUGGAGCUCUAUUUUACUUCCACAGAUGACUGUACAUGAGAACCGUAUAUUUCUUUAUAUCCCUUUAAUACACAUAUCUAAUGUUCUCCCUAGCUCAUUAUCAUUGUUGAGACAAAUUUCCUUGAUGAUUGUCUCAUGAAAAUCGAUCAGCAAACCACUUCAUUUAGUUGGUGGACUUGAUCGCAUAACUUGUGCCCACAAUUUCCAUGUUACACUUCAUUUAUCAUUAUUAUAUUUUGUUACUUGUACUUCAACAUGCAUUGUCUGCUUUGUCAAAAGACUCAAACUAUUCAUUGCUCUAAUAAAACUCUUUAUAUUGGUAGUCAAUUAGGUUCCUCUUCUACCCAAUCUGUAGCGCUGUGGUGUUUUUAUCAUUUCUGUUGAAAUUUGCACCUCGAUUUUUUAAUUUUUUUAGUUCAAGAGAAUUAGUUUAGCAAUACGUUCAAGCGGCUUCAUUCUAUAGCAAUAGACCAUUUCGGCAUCCCAAUCUACUCACUGUUAGUAAGAACAAUCAUGUUUAUCCACAA